AUGGCUUUCUUCCUUAUUUUGCCCCUUUGUAGUGUUUUGGUGAUAGGCAUGGGUGAAGGUGGAGCUGGGAGUGAGGAAGGAUUUGAGAGGAGAUGUAAACCUGGACGGCCUUCCCACUGCCCCUCCAUAUCUCCCAGUGCCCAGCACUGGACACACCCUGGCCAGAGCCAGCUGUUUGCAGACCUGAGCCAAGAGGAGCUGACGGCUGUGAUGAGCUUUCUGACCCAGCAGCUGGGGCCAGGCCUGGUGGAUGCAGCCCAGGCCCGCCCAUCAGACAACUGCAUCUUCUCCGUGGAGCUGCAGCUGCCCCCCAAGGCUGCAGCCCUGGCACACCUGGACAGGGGGAGUCCCCCACCCGCCCGGGAGGCACUGGCCAUCGUCUUCUUUGGCGGACAACCUCAGCCCAACGUGAGUGAGCUGGUGGUGGGACCACUGCCCCACCCCUCCUACAUGCGGGAUGUGACUGUGGAGCGUCAUGGGGGCCCCCUGCCCUAUCACCGACGCCCCGUGCUCAUCCGAGAGUACCUGGACAUAGACCAGAUGAUCUUUGACAGAGAGCUGCCCCAGGCUGCUGGUCUCCUCCACCACUGCUGCUUCUACAAGCGCCAAGGGAGGAACCUAGUCACGAUGAACACGGCUCCCCGGGGUUUGCAAUCAGGAGACCGGGCCACCUGGUUUGGCCUCUACUACAACAUCUCAGGGGCUGGGUUUUAUCUGCACCCCGUGGGGUUGGAGCUGCUGGUAGACCACAAGGCUCUGGACCCUGCCCGCUGGACCAUCCAGAAGGUGUUCUUUCAAGGCCGCUACUAUCAGAGUCUGGCUCAGCUGGAGGACCAGUUUGAGGCCGGCCUGGUGAAUGUGGUGCUGAUCCCAGACAAUGGCACAGGUGGGUCCUGGUCCCUGAAGUCCCAGGUGCCCCCGGGUCCGGCUCCCCCUCUGCAGUUCCAUCCUGAGGGCCCCCGCUUCAGUGUGCAGGGGAGUCGAGUGGCCUCCUCACUGUGGACUUUCUCUUUUGGGCUUGGAGCAUUCAGUGGCCCGAGGAUCUUUGACAUCCGCUUCCAAGGGGAGAGAGUGGCCUAUGAAGUCAGCGUCCAGGAGGCCUUGACCGUCUAUGGUGGCAAUUCACCUUCCGCUCUGCGAAGCCGGUACACAGAUGGUGGCUUUGGCUUGGGCCACUUCUCUUCACCUCUGACCCGUGGGGUCGACUGUCCCUACCUGGCCACCUAUGUGGACUGGCACUUCCUUUUGGAGUCCCAAGCCCCCAAGACAAUACGAGAUGCCUUUUGUGUGUUUGAACAGAACCAAGGUCUCCCCCUGAGGCGACACCACUCAGAUAUCCACUCCCAUUAUUUUGGGGGCCUUGCAGAGUCAGUGCUGGUGGUCAGAUCUGUGUCUACCAUGCUCAACUAUGACUAUGUGUGGGAUAUGGUCUUCCACCCCAAUGGGGCCAUGGAAGUCAAGUUGCAUGCCACGGGCUACAUCAGCUCAACGUUCCUGUUUGGUGCUGCCCGAAAUUACGGGAACCAGGUUGGAGAGCACACACUGGGCACUGCCCACACCCACAGUGCCCACUUCAAGGUAGAUCUGGAUGUAGGAGGACAGAAGAAUUGGGUCUGGGCUGAGGACAUGGUCUUUGUCCCCAUGGCUGUACCCUGGAGCCCUGAGCACCAGAUGCAGAGGCUGCAGGUGACCCGGAAGCUGCUAGAGACAGAGGACCAAGCCACGUUCCCCCUGGGAAGUGCCACCCCUCGCUACCUGUACCUGGCCAGCAACCACAGCAACAAGUGGGGUCACCCUCGGGGCUACCGCAUCCAGGUGCUCAGUUUUGCUGGCGAGCCGCUGCCCCAGAACAGCUCCAUGGAGAGAGCCUUCAGCUGGGGGAGGUACCAGCUGGCCGUGACCCAGCGGAAGGAGGAGGAGCCCAGCAGCACCAGCAUCUACAAUUUGAAUGACCCUUGGACACCCACCGUGGACUUCACUGACUUCAUCAACAAUGAAACUGUUGCAGGGCAGGACUUGGUGGCCUGGGUGACAGCUGGUUUCCUGCACAUCCCACAUGCAGAGGACAUUCCCAACACGGUGACUGUGGGGAAUGGUGUGGGCUUCUUCCUCCGACCCUACAACUUCUUUGACCAGGACCCCUCUUUUGAUUCUGCGGACUCCGUCUAUUUCCGGGGGGACCAGGAUGCUGAGGCCUGUGAGGUCAACCCCCUGGCUUGCCUCCCCAAGGCUGCUGACUGUGCCCCUGACCUCCCUGCCUUCUCUCAUGGGGGAUUCUCUCACAACUAGGUAGUCCCUGGGAUGGGGAGUGUCCAGGGGCCCCAGGGCCAGGGUGUGUGGAGAGGGGGAGCAGUGGGCACUGGGCCAGGAAGCCUGAUCUCAGACUAAGAUUCUCUCCUCCCCUGCCCCCAAGAUCCUCUCUCCCAUCACCCUUCUUUGCAUCCCCUUCCUUAUUGUAAGCAUCCUGAGCCUGUGAUGCCUGACACAGAAGGGACUCAACUUUGUUGACCCUAGACCUGCUGGGUUUCUGUCCCAGAGAGCAGAGGAAUGGCCAGCUGGAGCUGGAGUGAUGGCCUAGCUUUUUCCCAGAAGACUUUUAUUUGUUUCUAACAGUUUUUUAAUCUUUUUUACAAUUAGCUAUCAUUCACAUACCAUAAAAUUUAUCCUUUUAAU